UUGCGGACGGUCCCUGACUUCCCAGUGAGGCGUUCAGGGAGCCGCUCAGACUCACCGCCUGUCGAAGUGUGAGCACCAGGAGGGGAAAGUUGGUGUGUUGGAAGAAACCACCCAGACCCCAGUCCUCUGCAGCGGUGUCCAGCUGUGCUGUUGUGGGCUUUUCAUUUUUUUAACCAUGCACGUGGAGCAGCUGAUCGUCGGAGCGAAAUGAUUAACCUAAAAGCAAAGAAGGUUGUUCCUCCUCCUCUUUAAAGCCCGAGUGUUUGUUGUUGUUCAUUCAUCUUCAACCAUGAGCACCCUCCAGCAGCUGGGCACCAUGGCCUUCCUCAUGAAGAAGAAGAAGUUCAAGUUUCAGGUGCACUUCACUCUGGAGGAGCUGACAGCGGUGCCUUUUGUGAACGGAGUGCUUUUCUGUAAGAUCCGCCUGGUUGAUGGUGGGGACUUUGCCAUCUUAUCGUCCAGGGAGGAGGUGCAGCAGAACUCCGUCCGAUGGAGGAAGAAGUUCUCCUUUGUGUGCAAGAUGAGCGCCAAUCCGAUCAGUGGAGUGUUGGACCCCUGCAUCUGCAGAGUGUCUGUACGCAAGGAGCUCAAAGGAGGAAAGGCCUUCUCAAAGCUGGGUUUUGCUGAUCUCAACAUUUCCGAGUUUGCUGGUUCAGGCUCGACUGUCCGCUGCUGCAUCCUGGAGGGCUAUGACACCAAAAACACUCGGCAAGACAACUCUAUUCUCAAGGUAACAAUUGGGAUGACCCUUCUGUCGGGGGAUCCCUGCUUUAAAACGCCUCCCAGUACGGCCAAAUCCAUUUCCAUCGGGGAUGAGGACCCCAACCUGCAGCUGGACUGUAAGGGGGAGAGCACUGACGCCACUUUGCAGCCACCGGGGGGCAUCGUGGAGGGACCUCGGUCCUUCAAACCCCGACAGUCAUCAGUGCGCAGCUCAGGGCUGCCCGAGGAGGGAGGGAGUGUCUCCAGUCCGGACGAAGUCUUUCAGAUCGGUCAUUUUCGCAGCUCCAGCUACGCCAGCCAGCACAGCAAGAUAUCAGGUUACAGCACCGGUCACUCUCGCUGCUCCAGCCUGAACGAUCUCAGCCACCACAGGAACACCUCCUCCAGCAGCGGCACCUCCUGCGGGCUCGGCCACCCCUCUCAGCCGCUUCCCUCCACCCCCACUGAGCCGCACCGCCAAGCGACCCCCACCAAGCCAGAGAGACCUCCUCCUCCCUCUGCUGUGGCCAUCUUGUCCAACAGAUCCUCCAGGAGGAAGAAGGAACCCGUGGAGAAGCAGCCCAGCUGUGUGGACGACACCCGCAUCGAUGCAGACGCUAUCGUGGACACGAUCGUAAAGAGCCAGGACUUUGACAGCAGCAACAACGAAGACAGCAACUUGAGACUGUUUAUCAGCAAAGACGGGACCACAGCCCUCAGCGGGACGCAUCUCGCCAACAGAGUAACUCCUGGCAUCUUUGAGCCGGUGGUCAUCGAGACUCACUGAUACCCACGCUCCUCUCGCCUCAUUGCCGUCUCUCUGACGUCCGAUUGUCUCCGUGCGUGCAAACAUGUGCACAAAACUUCAUGUGUGAUCACCGUGGUGCAGAUGUUGAGCCUUCUAGUGUUUUUAAUCAGGUGGCGGGACGGGUGUAACACACGGGUACAGUGUUUUCUCAGACAGUAGACUGAUUUUAACCUGUUUUUAACCUCUAACAAAGGUCAUCAUUUCUAAUUUUACUGGUUUUAAGCACUUUUAAAACUGCUCCAGCCUGCUUCUGUGUGUCGCGUUAUGUUACAGCUCUUUUGGUUAGACUGUGCCCUCUGUUUUCAAGUAAAACUCUUCCUCGUGGAGUAGCCUGUCUUUUAGCGGCGGAAGCCUCUAUUUUGCAUUUUCUGCAGGAAGUGUUGAUCAGGUUUAAAUGUGAUGUUGAAGAGCCUGAUGAGUACCAGGGGGAAGCAUGCACAGAAAUCAGUAAUUCAUGCUCUCAAAGAAACUAGGUUAAGGGUCUAAAUCUACAAUUUAACCUGUAAACCCAGCAGUCAAACUGUAACAAAACUGGCAGUGAGGCAGAUAUAAAAUAACUAAAAGCAGAUCCAGAAAACAGCUUCCAAAUGUCGAACGUAAAACAUGAAAUGAGAUCCAAGCAACCCCAAAGAGAUUUGAAAUAAAACAUAAAGAGGAAUAAAAUGACCAUACUAAGCAAAAAUUCAAAAAUUUAUAACAACGCUAAAGGGUCUGAAACUGCUUUAAUCGGCUGCACAGUUACAUAAAACAGCCUGAGAGACACAAAGACGUAUCCUGAUUCCUACGUCAGGCUUGUGCUCAGAGGCGCGUUUUCUCAUAAUCCGUCCAUGAGUGCAGUGCAGCAGCAAGGGAGACCUAACAUAUACGAGGCCAUGGAAAAUCUCAAAGUGAGCCACUUACAUUCAGACAGAAUUCACCUGGUAAAUAUUAAUCAGUGACGCUGACAUUUGAGAAAACCUGUUUAUGUUUUCUUCACUAAGCUGGGAGCAUCAAUUACUAAUUUGUGUGUUCAGGUUAGUUUUUAUUUUUCCCUUCUGUGACUUCAGGACUUUUUCAGUUUUUCACUCUGUUGUUCGGCUUUUCUUCUUUUCGCUACACUGGGUGUGUUUCAGACGAGUCCCCGAGGACGUCUAUAAAAGUUGCUGACUCUGUCACAUAAUCAGUCACUGAACACUGGUACCAGUGAGAAGCACACCCAGUCAACCUCUGACCAGGGCUUCGUGCACACAUUACUUGAACAACACCUUAGGAACCACUGCAUUCUGGGAACUGUAGUGCGACACUGAAACAAGGGUGCUUCUGUCAGCUGGUUGGGACUUUAGAGUUUCUGAGAAAAUACAGGACAGAAGAUGUCAGACUGUGAAAGCUUCCCUUUAACCAGUGGACAGAUUUAUGGUUUAGUGUUAGGUUGUAUUUUAGCCACAUGCUAAAUAGAUAUAUUUUCAACUUUCAGAUAAAGUGUCAUACUUGCAAGGCCGUAUUAGGGCUAUUGGAGAUGUGGAAAAAGUAUGAGGCUGCGUGAGGUAAAAUUCAGAGGUAAAAAGUGACAAAUGUAUGACACCAAACUGAAAAAUUUACAGGACAAAAAUGGCAAAUUUGAGAAAGAAAAAGAAGGAUAGAUUAACAACAAACUGUCCACUUUACAAGAAUUAAUCUGGGAAAUUUUGGAGAAAAAGCAGGCAAAAACUAGAGCAAGCUUGUCAAAUGUAAUAGGAUAAACAGGGAAAAAAUUAACAAACUUCUGACAGAUUUAAAGAGAAACACGAAUGGUGAUCUUUAGUCAAGGAUACAUUUUGCUUCAUUUUUCAAGGUUAAGUUUGAAAAAUUCACCAAACUUAACCGUCAGUGCUUUUUUUUUUUGUCCCGUCAGUGCUUUCAAUACGUCCCAUUUCAUUUCUGUGUGAGAAGAAAUCGAUGCUAACUUAGCCCUGGAUAGAUUUGGUAGAGUAAAUUUGAAGGAAGACAUGAACAACAUGUAGGGGCAGUAAACAGGAGCUGAAGCAUCACUUUCACCCCUGUUAUGACGCUAUCUCGUCAAUAUUUCUGCCUUUGGAUUUGAUGAGGACCCAAAAGUCCCAGAGAGACGCUCUUCGUUCAGGCUGAGCAAAAAUCAGCCUGGAACUGAAACUAAAGCUUUUAUCCUUUUAUGUUAUUUUAAUGUUAUUUGAUCACUGUGUUUUUACUUAUUUACACUGUUUUGCACAUGUGAACUCUCCGAGGCGAAUUAGAAACCACUAAAAGGAAACAGAGGUGGCACAGUUGUCCGAAACAACAUGAAAUCUUCUGUUUUUAAAUAUCUUAUUUCAUCUCUGUUGGCUUAAUGCCCAUAGAGCCUUUGUUCAUAUGGCUGGCCAUAUGUAACCAUCCAUCCUCUGCACUUACUAAGUACUUAUUAACUUUUUAAAUUCCAAUGAUCUCAUAAACCUGUCAUAAAUGUGAGGUUUUGUGGGGGCUUUACUUCCUUUCUCAGCCACAUUUUAUUUCCAACGUUGGCCUUUCUCUGAUAUUAAGUACACACAAAUAGGCUGAAUCCAGAAUGUGUGCAUUUUAAGGCAGGAGAUCUAUAUUGAGGGCCUGCUCUGCUCCACUGCUCCACACUUUUAAUGGUACUAGCCCCUCAGUUCAUCCACUCUCUAAGAGAAAUAGUUUAAGCACCUGUCUCUUUAUAAGAACCCUCUUGUUAUAAGCCAACUUUCCAAUGACUGGUCAGCUUCUGGAAGCCUGCAGAGGAGCAAAUCAGGGUUUCUGAGCUGUAUUGUCUAUUUCAUGCAAAACUGACAUCAGCACAUCAUGAGAGCAGAAUGUUUUUUGCUCACAGGAACUACUCUUAUCAGUGUUUACCUCAUUUUUGUAAAAUAUGUAACGUUAUAAUAUUAUAUAUUUAACAGAAAGUAAGAAAUAAACCCUUUUUAACAACAAGUGACAUCACAACAAGCUAAGAGAUUGACGUUAGCAGGCAAAAUGACUAUAAGCACAAUAUUAGCAUUGCCUAUUUUUGCAUCCAUCCAUUUAGGUGCUCAUUCACCUUUGGAACCACAAUCAAUGUCGUUUUACUUGCUCAUAGCCUGCCAUCGUUCUGGCUCCACACUGACAAACAAAGCAGUGUUUUUACCAAAAAGAUUAACUUCAGUCAGAACUCUGCAUUUUGUAGCUUUGGGCAGUUUAGGUUUUGUGCAUGUGCUGCAACAAGGAAAAUAAAAAUCCUUUUUCCUCAUUGCUUUUGCAAGGCUUGUGCAGACUUAGCGUGUUGAGCUAGCAGUGAUACUGUGGGCUGGUGUUGGCUGUAGUGAGGUCAGUCCCACAGCUGCAGCAGCACAAAGCCUCUGUUGUGCGAGUACUGACAGUAUACAAUAGAUCUUCACCCCCCCACGGGACUCAUUUGUGCAUUUGUGAUUAUGUUCAUGCUGCAAGAUGUGCAUGCGGGCCAUGCAUCUCUGACUGAUAUGAAAGGAUGUACUGUAUAAUAGACAGUUUUUUUAAGCUUCUGGUGCAUCAAGUCAUGCAAAAGUAUAAGUAAGUUGUAAGCAAGUACUGGAUACUUGGGACAUCUAGAGUUUUGUUAGGUUCACUACUCCUCAAAAGUUUAGGAUUGCUUAGAAAAGUCCUUCUUUGCUGAAAAUAAAGUGUUUUCUUUUUUAUUUAAUAUAACAUUAAAUUCAUGUUAACUAUUUUAAAUAAAAUGUGAUUAAUGAAACUGUUAAUUAUAAAUCCUCCGAUAUUGUGUUAACCAUUGGAGGUUUAUCAUAUUAAAAAGCCUGCUAAUCAUUAUAUAAAGUCGUUAGGCUCUGUAUGUUAUCCACAGCUUUCAUAAUUUGUAGAAUAUGGAAGCUUGUUUCUGCCACUGAAAGAAUAAGUUCUUUUCUCAGAUGUUUGAGCUAGGAACUUCGAUUUUUUUAGAUAAUAACCUGAAAUUUUCACUUAAUCUGGCAAAAACUGUUUUUGUUUUUGUGUUUAUUUUCAAUAAUGGGACAGGCAGAGCUACAGGCAGACAUUUUCAUGCAGCCAUGCGUACUACUCCCUCCACAGAACACAGUAACUGGCUGUCACCAGAAAAGAAAGAGGUUCACAACUGACAAAGUCCAUAAGGUGUUCAGAUUGCAGCUUCAUUAGACGGUAACCAUAACAGUCAGACUGGGUUCAUUAAUGAAGGGAGUAGUACACACUGUUGCAUUAGGUAACAGUCGGUCAUAGAUACAUGUAUGUAUGAUACAUUAAUUUUUUGAAGCACUUUUCUAAGUGAUCCCCAACUUUAACCUGUACUAUUUAAUAAUUAUGCACCUACCUUUAUCGCCAUAUUUUCCAUUAACAGUCCAUGUUUGUCAUUGUUGUGUGUAUGUAUGUAUGAAAUGUGUGAUGUGGUAACCAUAUAGUCUAUUUUCCUUUUAUUUCCAGACCAGCAGGCUGGUCUGCAGCACAGAUCUGUGUGUAAAAGCUUAUAUUUUAUGGUAAGAUGUGACUAAACAGUAAUUAUUUACAGUGCAGCCUGGAGUUACUGGGGAAAGUGUGCAGUAAAGGGAUCUGUCUGCUACUGUGAUUUCUUCUAGAAAUACUUACUCUUUCUUUGUACUUGACCAUAUGUAACCUUGUGAUCUUAUGAAGCAAUUUCUGCGUGUGGUGAAAUGUUUUUUAUUAUUAUUAUUAUCAUUUCUGAUGAUUUGAAAUGAAAUUGUUGGGGCCAGGGUUAUGUUGCAGUGGUAGCUGUGGUACUGAUUUAACAAGAUGGGGUUUGGUAAAGGGAAUAUAUACUUCACAAAACAUUUUCCACCAUAUUUUAAAAUGUAUUUAUAUUAAAGGUAAAAUCACUAAAUGUGUAGAAAUAUAAUAAAUGCAUAUACAAUAUCUAAUAUAAGCAUUAAUGUUGGGUGAAAAUAAUUUUGUUGAAUAAAUUGGUGCAUUUCUGGGUUUUUGAGAAUAAAAAAUCAGUUGUUUUUUUGUUUUCAAAUGCUUUCUAACUCCGUGCACACAUAUUUUUACUCCUUGUGUUAAAAUAUUGGAAAAUGUUCCAAGAAUAACUACAAUGUUAAUAAAUGUUAAUAACUACAUGUGAACGGAGGAGUUGUGAUGAACAUGAAAACCAAAUAAACUGUCAAAGUCUG